UCGUCGUCAAAAAUGACCUCCAGUUCGGAUGUGCUCGCGCUUCUCCAGCGCCCCCUGGAGCCAACGUUUUAUCCGAAAAACGAUGGCAAAACCGUGCUGGAACUUCCGGACGAGUACCUAACUGAUCGGUACCGGCCAAUCGGCGAUGAGCUCCAGAAACGCUUCACGGACAAUGUUGACAUUCGCAUUCCGGUGCGAAACGUCGGUGUACCGGACAUUUCGUUUGCACAAGUGAUCGAUCGGAGAGGUUCCUUUUCGUUGUUCAUCGAAAAGCACCGUCAGAUCGCGUCACAGUUGAUCGACCUGUUCCUGCAACAGCCAGACAUAUCCUCGCUGCUCAGCGUGGCGUCGUACAGCCGCGAUCGGUUGAACGUGUUCCUGUUCCAGUACGCUCUGGCAGUGGCCGUGCAGCAUCGACAGGAUACGAGCAGUGUGAACUUACCUUCAAUUUUGGAACUGUUUCCAGAUCAGUUUGUUGAUCCGGCUGUAUUUCCCAAGCUGCGCGAGGAGGGAAAGGUAGUCAGUCAAGCUAAUCGGAUGGUAAUUGAGCUUCCGCAAAACUACACGGCUUCGGAUCGCGACGAUGAACAAAGGUUGGCUUAUUUCCGCGAGGACAUUGGUGUUAAUAUGCAUCACUGGCAUUGGCAUUUGGUUUACCCCACGUCAGGUCCAAAGAUAGUGAUCGAUAAGGAUCGACGUGGUGAACUGUUUUUCUACAUGCAUCAGCAAAUCAUUCAUCGGUACAAUGUGGAAAGAUUUGGCAACCGGUUGGGAAAGACGAAGAGUAUGCACAAUUUCCGUGAUUCAAUCCCGGAAGCUUAUUUCCCGAAGAUGGUCAGAAGUUCCAACAAUCGGCCAUAUGCGUCUAGACCGAGGAAUUUCGCACUGAAGGACAUUGAUCGCUACGUUGAAGGGCUGAAGUUUACAAUCACCGAAAUGGAACAAUGGAGAGAUCGAAUUUACGCUGCAAUCGAUGCUGGAUUCAUUGUGGAUUCCUCUGGGAGAAACGUGCCUUUGGACGAGAAAACUGGAAUCGACAUUCUUUCAAACAUUGUCGAAGCCUCUGAUUUGUCGAUUAAUCCGAAACUCUACGGUAACCUGCACAUUUCAGGCCACAUUGCGCUAGCCUUCUGUCAUGAUCCGGAAAACCGCUACCUAGAGGAGUACGGCAUAAUGGGAGAUGUGGCCACGGCUCAACGUGAUCCAACCUUCUACAGAUGGCACUCGUUCAUUGAUGAUAUCCUUGUUCGUCACAAAGAUACGUUUGAUCCCUACACCGCAAAUGAGCUCUCAUUUCCGGGAAUCGCCAUCUCCAGUCUCAGUGUCUCGUUGAAUCGACCAAAGGUCCCACAAAACGUUCUGUUGACCUACUGGCAACGAUCGCAGGUUGAUCUUGCUGCCGGAUUGGACUUUGGACCCGACGGAAAUGUAUUCGCUUCCUUCACUCACCUACAACAUGCGGCAUUUUCGUACAUUUUCGAGGUUCAAAAUUCAAACAGCACUCCGAUCCGUGGAACUGCUCGCAUUUUCUUGGCACCAAAAGUGGACGAUCGUAAUACGCCUCUGAAGUACAGCGAUUGGAGAGGCUACGUCAUAGAAAUGGAUAAAUUUGGAGUUAUAUUGAACCCAGGAACCAACACAAUCAAACGCAGAUCGGAUCAAUCCAGUGUAACCGUUGCCUUCGACCGCACAUUCCGUCGGAUCAAAAAUGAAAAAGAUCUCCCGAACAAGACCGACCUGGAGCAGUUCCGCUUCUGCGGUUGUGGAUGGCCCGAACAUAUGCUCCUUCCGAAAGGAACUCCCGAGGGUAUGCGUUUCGAUUUGUUCCUCAUGAUUUCAAACUAUGCCAACGAAAACAUUGGCGAGAACAUCGAUUUUGCAGAUGCUGCAAAAUGCGCCGACUCGCAUUCGUUCUGCGGUCUUCGGGAUCAAAAAUACCCAGAUGGUCGAGCCAUGGGAUUCCCGUUCGAUAGACGAUCAGCAACUUCCGUGGAAACUUUGCAGGACUACACCGCCCCGUACUCGAACAUGCGCACCACGGACGUUACGAUCAAAUUCACCAAUACUGUAAUUGCGAGGGCGUGAUCCGAUUUUGUUCCGUUUUGUCUUUGAUGGUGCCAUCACCAAUCGGGCGUACAUUAGACGAGUAAUUAAACCUGGCCCUCCCUCUCGGUUCGUUCGUUAAUUAGCAAACCAAAGAAGUGGAAAUUGUUCUUUUCCUCGAGCUUGCUUUCAAUAAAACCUUCGUUAGUUUUCUUUUCUUCUCGGAGCUAGAGCAUCAUCAAAGAGAA